CUCUUGUGUUUAUUUUGACAUUGACAUUAGCUCUCGACGUUGUUGCUUGUUGUUUGUUGAGAUAAAUUUCACAAUUUCAAGAUAAUUAAAUAAAAUACAGUGUUCUAAGUUUGUUUGCAUCCAACUGAAUUAAUACUUACCACAAGAUAAUAAAUCAACUGCUAAAAUAUGGGUUGCCAAGUUUAUUUUGAGAACCAUCUGGUCUCUCAACUCGAUUGCACCAAUGUGUCGUCAUUGAAACAGAAGAUUUCUCAAGAAUAUGCUGUCCCUUGUGAAGAUUUAUAUGCUACAUUCCAAGGGAAGUUAAUUGCUGACGAUUACGAGUUGAAUGACUGCGGAAAUGUGGUCAGAGUGUUCACGAGAUUGGUUGGAGGGAAGGGUGGUUUCGGAUCGAUGCUGCGCGCUAUUGGGGCUCAGAUCGAGAAGACGACUAACCGUGAAGCUUGCAGAGACUUAUCUGGGCGACGUCUUCGCGAUAUUAACGAGGAAAAGCGUCUUAGGAAGUGGUUAGAAGGCCAAGAAGAUCGUGAAAGGGAAGCUUUGGAGCGAAAGCAAAGAAAGAUUGAGAAAUUGAUAGCUGAACCGAAGAUCGAUGUUAAUUUGAGUCCUGUAUACGAGAAAGAGCGACAGGAAUUGCCUGAGAGGGUCAGUGCUGCAGUGGACGCUGGCUGGCAAGCGGCAGGCACUAGUGAUGGAGGUUUAAAACGUAAACUGGCCGAAGAAAAACCAAAAGGCAAGAAGAAGGCAAAGCUAUGGAUAGAUGCUGAACUCUCAGACUGUUCUUCGUUGAGUGAGGAUGAGGAAGAAGAUGAAGCUAGGUCAAAAGACAGACAGAUGGUGUCCACAGACAGCGGAAAUGAGUCUGACCACACGUCUGAUUGUAGUAAAUUGUGAUAAAUGAAACGAGUACAACAUUUAUAUGAUUUCUUGUAAAUUAUGAAUGAAUAAUCAUAGAACACCAUUAGGUCAUUAUACUAAUAAAUAGUCUACUCAUAAAACCCUCAAUAAAUUGGUCCUCUUUCAGUUGGGACUAUCAAUGAUAUAAACAUACAUAGUUAAUAUCAAUAGCAGGAAGAGUUCAGUAAAACAGAAGAAACAUUACUUAUACAUUAUUUUUCUAUGCAAGAAAUAUGUAUUAUCAUAAAGGAAGCAUAGAUCUAUAAAAAUAUUAAGCUUAUAUUCCUGUAAAAUGAGAUAAAGCGCAUGAAUUUUAAAUCCAAAUAGGUACCUAAAAUAUUGACAGAUAUCCAAGUGUUCAUGUAGACUGAUGAGUUUUAAUUUAGAUGCAACCAACUACUUGUUUAUCACAUCUAUUACAAUUUUCAUUUUACCUGAAAUUUUCUAAUUUUGAUGAUACUUAUGUGAUGAUAUUGAUUUUAGUCAAAUAUGGUAUUAAUUUGUACAUCUAAAUUGGCUAAUUAAGUUUUUGUAGGGCAAUGUAUCUAAACUACCAAUUAAAUAUUUGAAAAUA